AUGAGAAACAAAAUUUUUGUGGUUUACACGGUAUUAUGGAUACUUGCCGAAAUCGAACUGUCGACACCUGUUUCAACUGUACUAGAUACCUCCGAUGAAUAUGAUUACAACUACGUUAACGACAUAAAUUUUGCUGAAGAUGAAAAUGAUGAUUUCAGUGGUGAACAUGGCAGUGGUGAAAUGGCCAGGAAUGAACUGAACAUCGCAGAGGCUGAAGAAGUAAGCCAAAAAGACGAAAUUUAUCGUUCUUAUAUGGAUGUCGUUCAUCGCUUUAACAGAAGCAUGAAUUUAAAAGCAGAUCCAUGCGCUGAUUUCUUUGACUACGCUUGUGGAAAUAACAAACGUGAAAAUGAUGUCUUCUCAGAGAUGGGUGAAAAAAAUGAUUUGAAAAUUAUUGAAGCGUUGGAAAAGCUGCAGAAUAAUCUAACAAAGCCUAGUUUCGUUGGAAAAGCAAAACGAUACUAUGACGCUUGUGUUUCUUCGACUAUCGACGGAUGUAAGAGUUCAGAUGUAAUCGCAAUUUUUCGACAGUUGAUCAAAAAUUUCUCAAUGUCAACUGGAUUUCAUUUUCCCUAUACGGUCAGCAACACCAGUGGAGCUAGAAAAGAACAAAUUUUGACUCCAAAAGCCCUUGCCAAAGCGGUGGCGGUUCUCUCUACUCUUCAUGUUGAUACACUGAUUACGCCUUCCCUAAUAUUCAACGAUUUUUUACAAAGGCCGCAGUAUAUGCUUUUCAUAGACCAGAGUACACUGUAUAUACCGGCCACCACAUUUGCCAGAACUGGUGUUAGCCAACUGCAGAACUACAUGUUUAGUAUAGUAGAUACAAUAACUAGAUUCUGCACUGCAAUGAACAUUUCUUUGUCUAACGAAGACAUUUUGAAAUUUGCUGGGGAUAUGAUAAAUUUGGAAGCUACCAUUGCUAAAGAAUACAGCACUGAUGAAAUUCUUGAUGGUGAAUGUUACAGUACGGCAGAAUGUUUUGUUGAAAAUUUCGAUGAAUAUGGAUUUAUGGAUUUUAAAGAAUAUUUUCAAGUUCUUUCUGAAAAUAGUAAAUACAUUAAUGACUAUUUUGCUGAUAGCAAUCGGUUUCUUAAAGACUUGAUGAGUAAUAUAAGAGAUUCACUGAUUGCGAUGGUUAGAUAUACUUUUGCGGACGAUGAUGCAUCUUUUGGCACGAUUAAAAAGGAACUACAGAAAGUUGACAUAGCUGCCAGGUAUCCGGUGUACGCGCAUGACAAUUAUUUGAAUUCACGUUACAGCGACAUGAAGUUUGAAGAAACUGACACUUAUUUUGAAAUGCACGAAAAAUUACUACAGUUCAAGUUCGCGAUUUCUUAUGAACUACUAGCUAAUGGAAAAAAAAAAAUUAGCAUUGCAUAUACGCUAUUGUCGAGACCAUUUUUCGACUAUGAAUGGCCACUGUCAGUAAUCUAUGGAACUCUUGGAUCUGCUAUCGGCCAUGAAUUAGUGCAUAGUUUUGCUGAAUUACCAAAGCGAUAUCCAUGGAUUGAGAAGGUUUAUUCAAAAACCUUGUAUAAGAAACAGAGCGAUAUGGAGGAAUGCUUAAUCAAACAGUAUCGGCAGUACUGCCCGUUAAACGGCACUGGUUUGCAACCGGAGUGCUUAGAUGGUUACAGCUCAAUGCUAGAAAAUAUGGCAGACAAUGCAGGAGUUGUCGCUGCAUACAUGGCUUAUCGAAAUCAAAUCUCUUUUUAUGGACAAGAUCCCCGACUUCCACAUCCAAAAUUACGACAGUUAACACAUGAUCAACUUUUUUUUUUGGCUUAUGCUCAAAACUUUUGUCGUAAGCCACCUCAAAUAGAGGAACUGCAUAUGGAAUUAAUCACCAAUUCAAAAUACAGCCCGCUGAAAUACCGUGUAAUAGGGCCGUUGUCAAAUUUUGCUGCUUUUAGUAAUGCAUUCCAUUGUCCGUCGAUAAACAAUGGUGAACAGUCAAAACGAUGUUAUACUUGGCUACCGACCCCUGAACAGAUUAUCUGA